ACAUGGGGGAGGCACCCCCUGCUCCCCGACGCGGCGCCGUCCAACCUGUGGGCCACGAGGGACUUCCCGACCCUCAGGGAGACGCCGCCCUUUGACCUCAACAUCACCGUGGCCUUGCCCGUCUCCAAGUACGCCCGCCUCGCCCAACUGAUCAGCCCAACGUGGGCGCCACCCGAACAGCCGCCCCCACCCUCCAACGCCUUCUUCAGCAUCCGUUCGGACUCGAGUGGCGGUGGCUUGGGGGUCACGCCUAUCAUGGGGAUCCUAUACGUGGAAAACCCGGAGGAGCUGCGACCCGGGGAGGUGGUGGUGAUGCGAGAGACAGACGUCACGGUGGUCACUCUGGUGCUCGAGAUCUCUGGCGCGCCCGCAUGCCGAGAGACCGCUCCAGAGAAGGAAGUCGUGUCCUGCGCAGUACACGAAUACAAUUCCUCGUGCGAGCAAUCCUGUGGCCUGGGGUCAUAUGGAACGUGUUCGUGGCGUAGAUACGAAUCAGAUGGCAACUACGUAAGCACUCACUUUGCCACCUGCUCGCCCAAUCUCGACACCUGUCCCGACGGCACGUGCGAUGAACUCGAGCAGAUUCACCAACACAUCUGUCCCCAGGAUUGCGUAGACAAGCGGUGGAUCAAAGGGCAGAAUCUCGUUCUGGGCAGAACCGGACAGGGAAUCUUGGCUGGUUUCGGCGUCUGCAGCUGCGACAGCGUGUGCAAGUGCUUCCCCCUGUACGACGAGGCACCUUCAACGAACACAGAAAUCGAAGAGAAAUUCCCCACUAAGAAGCUGGCGCCAGUGUGGGCGUGCGGACACUGGUGCAAGGUGGGCGUAUCUGUGGGAGCCAUUGCCCUAUUUAUUUUCGGACUCGCCUGUGCCUUCCUUUGCAGCCCUCGCGCAGGUUGUGGCAGAAAGCAAAAGCACGGUGGGAUCUCCCUGGGAACGUUCCCGAGCGACGACAGGUCUUCUUCGUUGCCUUACAAUCCGCGGGACGAAACCCAUGACUCCCUUGUGCAUGGGAUAGGCCUACGCAAUUCCCCGAGGCCGGAGCAUAACUUCGUUACUCCCAUCAACUUGGCUAUUGACAGCAAAUGGGAGUUUCCUCGCAACCGCCUUGUCAUAGAGCAGACACUCGGAGAGGGAGAGUUUGGCAAAGUGAUGAAGGCGCGGGCACAGGGAAUCAAUGGAACCCUGGGCUACACGACGGUGGCGGUGAAGAUGCUGAAGUCGAACAGCACUCCGGCCGAGUUGGCAGACCUGCUGUCGGAGUACACGCUGCUGAAGGAGGUGUCGCACCCCAACGUGGUCAAGUUGCUGGGAGCGUGCACUAGCAAGGGCGGCCCCAUCUACAUCAUCAUCGAAUAUUGCCAAUACGGGUCCCUCAGGAACUACCUCAAGAGAUCGAGACACUUCGAGUUCGAGAACCGCGUAGGCUCAGGACCGUCGGAAGGAACCGCUGGGGACUAUGCAGUUACGCCGAAGGACCUCCUUUCCUUCGCCUGGCAGAUCUGCAAGGGCAUGUCCUACCUGACGGAUAUGAAGCUGGUGCACCGUGACCUGGCGGCGCGGAACGUCCUUUUGGCCUCCGGAAAGCAGUGUAAAAUCUCAGACUUCGGCCUCACCAGAGACGUGUACGAGGGUGACCUGUACUUCAAGAGGAGCAAGGGGCGAGUGCCGGUGAAGUGGAUGGCCCUUGAAUCCCUCGUGGACCACGUCUACACAAGCAAGAGUGACGUGUGGGGCUUCGGGAUCCUCCUGUGGGAGCUCGUGACGCUAGGGACGCCGCCCUACCCAGGGAUCACGCCGGAGAGACUCUUCUCGCUCCUGAAGGCCGGCUAUCGCAUGGAGAAGCCCGAGAACUGCUCCCAGGAAUUGUACGACGUGAUGCUGCAGUGCUGGGCGGAGGACCCCAACCGCCGCCCGACCUUCCAGGAGCUGACUGACAUCUUCGACACGAUGAUCCAGGUCGAUGUCGAGUACCUGGAACUUCGCUCGCUGAUCGUCACCAACCGCGGCUACUUCGACGGCCUGCCUCCGCCUCCCUCGAAUCCCGAGCAGUCGCAGCAGCAGCAGGCACCGCAGCCGCAGGUGCUGGACGCGCCGCCGCAGUUCCGCGAUUCCCCGCCGCAGUUCCAAGACGUGUCCCCCGCGUCGUCCAGUCAGCACGACGUGACUCCACCGCCGCAGCCGCCGCCACCGCCGCAGCUGCAUCUGGAUGAAUCGCGGCUGCAGCGCCCUGAGUCAGGCUGGAACCCCCCACGCCAGCCCCUGGACCCCGACGCCUACCUCGUGGCCCGCACCGACCUCGGCCGCCCGUGCAGAGCGGAGUCGACCGAGCCUCUCCUGGCAGCCAUAACGCCAUCCACAGCAGCCCAGACGCCCACGAUCACCACCACACACGCCCACAAUCCGGCCUAUUCGCCCACAAGCGAAAAUCUCCCGCCGGCGCCCUUGCAUUACUCCACCCUCGCCUCACGCCCAGAUGAGGAGGACGCCCACACUCUGGAAUGUUGCCGCAGUGAGGAGGACUCGGACAGCGGCCGCGCCACCGGGGACUCCGGCUACGCCACCACAGAGGAGGGGGGUCGUGGCCGCUGGAGGGGGGGCGAGCAUCAGCUGACGCCGGGGGCCAACGGGGGAAGCGCCGGCCGGCCUCUCUCGCACCACCACGGAGGGUCAUCCCCCCGGGGGUCGUCUUACUCCCCCCUCCCCCGCCACGACCCCGAGUACCAAGAGGAGGAGGAGGAGGAGCAGGACACCUCCGAGGACCUCGAGGAGAGGCAGGAGCUCCUCGCUGAGGACCUCAUAGGAGGCGGUGGGCACCUCUCGCCCAUACCCAGUCCAGAGCCCACCGCCGCCCACACCGCCCAGAGUGCCGCCCGCACCGCCGCCCACGCCUCGAAGGGCUCGCAGCACCACACCACGCCCAUCAUCGUGUGAGCAGGCGAGAGGACACAGACAGUGCUCCUCUGCCCACACCCACAGCAAGGUCUGCCUUGAAGCGUGGCCUCUGGAAGCCUCUGGAAGCCUCUGAGCUUUGCCGCUUCCGCCAGGAUUGGAGGCCUUCAUGAACUGUGGACAGGCUGCCGCUAAGCCUCGAGAGACCCGUUUGUCUUAAUUCUGUAAGUACUUCUCUCAGUGCUUGAAAAGCCCCCUCGCACGUAGAUAUGGAUGUCUGUUCAUACGCAAACGCGUGAACUUUCUUAUACAAGGAACUCUGAUCACUAUGUCCAGUACUUAAGAGGUGAUUUUCCUGUGUGCUAAAGGAAGAAGAAGAAGAAAAAAGACUUUAGUGUUGUUCAUCCCAUCAUGCAACACUUUAAUCUGUUUAUGGGUAUAUUUCUAGUGCACCGCAAAGCCAACCAACCAGCCAAUGGAACCGCAUCAUGAAAAAGACGGGUUACAGAAAAAAUCUGCAUUUUGAUUAGCGUUAGUUGACUUAUUCUCUCAAAAAGUGGAAUCAUCAAAACGUCACCCUUUGUGAAGAAAUAGAGAGAAAGAGAAAUAAAUAUAACAAACGUGUAUUUCCUUGGAAACGUGAAACAUGUCCAUGAACUUUGCGUAAAAAAAAAAACUACUUAUAUUCACUGCAGCGUUUAAAGUUCUCGAAGGGCAUUUGUGAAGACAAACUUAGACCUCUGACCUUCAUUUGGAAAUGCACGCUGCAGAUCUCUUUGGCAAAUGCAAAAGAAAGAAAUACAGUGCACACAUACCAGAUAUCUUUUCUGACUCCUUCUCCUCCCACCAAAAGUGGCGGUGACAUUAAACCCUGUGUAGAACAAUGAAAGCGGGUCGACAAUGUAGUUUUAUUGAACGUGUUUCGUUGUCAGUAACAUUUUGUACAAUGUAUGAGAAGUUCCAUUAUCAUACACAUAUAAUGUGUCUGUGUGUGUGUGUGUGUGUGUGUGUGUGUGUAGAGUCAUAUCUGUAUAUGUAGAAUAUUUGUGUGUGUGUGUGUGUGUGUGUUGUGUGUAUGUG